UCGAUGAUGCAGGCGCUCAGUGCAUAGUGUCACCGUGGGAACCGGAGACUGGGGUGGACAACCGGGAACAGGGAAAGCGAGGGGUAGAGAGAAGGGGAAAUAAAGUGGUACAGAGAAGAGAGAGAAAGACAGCUGCGCCGGUUUUUGGGAUUCUACAUUUCAUUUGUACCUCAUCCCCGUUGGAGUGUAAAUGAAGACACCGUGUCAGGUUAAGACGAGACACUGACGGAGCACUAUGGAGAGUAAAGGCAGCCGCUGCAAGAUCGUGGUGGUCGGAGACACGCAGUGUGGCAAAACAGCACUGUUACACGUAUUUGCGAAGGAUUCAUAUCCAGAGAAUUAUGUUCCCACGGUCUUCGAGAACUACACAGCUAGUUUUGAGAUCGAUAAACAGCGGAUUGAACUGAACAUGUGGGACACAUCAGGUUCCUCGUACUAUGACAACGUGCGGCCGCUGGCCUACCCUGACUCUGACGCCGUGCUCAUCUGCUUCGACAUCAGCCGGCCCGAGACACUGGACAGCGUGCUGAAGAAGUGGCAGGGCGAGACCCAGGAAUUCUGCCCCAACGCCAAGGUGGUCCUGGUGGGCUGCAAACUGGACAUGCGAACGGACAUGAACACGCUGAGGGAGCUCUCAAAGCAGAGGCUCAUCCCCGUCACUCACGAGCAGGGAUCUUCUCUAGCCCGACAGAUCGGCGCAGUGGCCUAUGCGGAGUGCACCUCCAAGGUGUCGGAGAACAGCGUGCGGGAUGUCUUCCACGUCACCACGCUGGCGUCAGUCACCCGCGCACACAAGCCGCAACUGAAGCGCAGCAACUCCCGUCGCGGACUGAAGCGGGUCUCCCAGCAACCGGGCCGGACUGAGCUACUGGAUAACCCCCCCGCCAUGAGGAAGGACCGAGCCAAAAGCUGCUUGAUCAUGUAGAGAGCCCCCCCCCCACCCUCAAAUUAACUCUAUUUAUUGUUUUAAUCAUUUUCCUUUUUGUGUUGCACUGUCGAGGAGAACCGGGAAAGGAUAAGGAAUAAGAUAAGAUGCUUCGGAGAUUUUAUUUUGCAGCUUCUUCCGUUGUUUUUUCCACUUUUUUCGGGAUGGGGGUUUGCGGGGUGUGACGGGCAGCUCACGUGACAGAGGAGACGUGAGAGGUGAACGUGAGGCGCUAGGCGCGUAGUCUGCGGGGAACAGCAGGUUAAAAUCUUAAGCGAGAAGGAUGUCAUGAGGAAGGCGGAAUUCUGUGGAGAAACGAAAAAGGUUUUAUCGGAGGAUUUCAAGAAGAGAGGACAUUUUUUCAUGGUGGGACAGGUGUGCAGGUAAAGCCUACCAUGUCACCCAAGAUGCCAUUUUCCUCGCAUUUAAAGAUGGGAAAUAUGAGAAGGCACAGGAGGCUGCUUAUAAAUUGACCGGAGAGACAAAACUGUGAAAGUCUGAAAUAGUCUUAAACAAUGAUAGAGACUUAUAAAACAAUGUUUAUCGAGUUUUGGACCUUGGAGGAUAUGACUUUAUUGGUCGACGUCUCACUAAUUCUCUAAACCACAAGUGCUUUCAAAAAGAAGUCACUUUAUAUAUACAUAUAGACAUAUAUAUAUCCAUUUGUUUUUAUUAUUUAUCACCUUUUCGUUUUUAUUUUUAUUUUUUUCAAGUGGAUGUUCUUGUUAAACUUGAUGAGCUAAAAAAACUGUCAUUGCUGUUCUGGUUUUUUGAUGACGUUACUUAGAGACAAGCAUUUUAAGGACAAGCGAUAGGGCUGUUUUGCAGUAUUUUCACUGUAUCUGUGUGACGCUGAAAUAAAACAACUUGCUCUGCUGCAGGGAAAAAGAGA